AUGGCGACCGGGGUGGACGCCAAGCUCUUGAAGAGCACCAAAUUCCCUCCCGAGUUCAAUCAGAAGGUGGACAUGCAAAAAGUUAACAUCCAGGUCAUGAAGAAGCAAGUGCCCCCGAUCGCUGUCAAGUCAACAUGGAUUGCCAGCAAGGUCACCGGAAUCCUAGCCAACGAAGAUGAUGUCGUUAUCGAGCUUGUGUUUAACCUACUGGAGAGUGGCCGCUAUCCCGACAUCAAAUCCAUGCAGAUCCAACUCACAGGCUUUCUCGACAAAGAUACCCCGACAUUCUGCAAGGACCUUUGGAAGCUUCUCCUCAGCGCGCAGACUAGUCCUCAAGGUGUUCCGAAGGAGCUGCUGGAGGCCAAGAAGAUGGAACUGAUUCAGGAGAAGCGGACAAAGCUGCAGAAGAGGCACGACAGAAGCGUCAAGAAUUCGAACGUAGACCUGAGAGGGGCCGCGGCGGGCGAGGAGGCGGUAUGGGUGGUGGCCGCGGCGACUCCUGGCGUGGAGGACGCCGUGAUGACCGUCGAGGUGGCGGUGGCCGAUCCCGCUCGCCACCACGUUUCCGUGAUCAGAGAGACCGUGGCCCGCCAAGAGGAGGACUCAGAGAUUCAUAUGUCCCCCGAGGAAGCCCAACAUUCAGACGUGGUGGAGGACGACGGGACGACAGGAGGCGUCGAUCUCGCACUAGGUCGCCGUCUGUGCGGUCGAGGUCCCGUUCUCGCUCGCGGUCACCUAGCGUUGACGGAAGGAGCCGGUCUGUUACUCGAUCCCCUAGCCCUCCUCCAAGACGGGGACGGGCAAGGUCACGUACUCGCUCUCGUUCUCCGAUCCCCCUCAGGGGACCGCAUAAGCGUGUCAGAUCACCAUCGCCACGGCGCGGACCCAGAUACCGGGGGCGCUCCCGAUCCCGGACUCGCUCGGUUUCAUCCGAUCGUGGUUCCCGGUCCCGAACGCCGCCGCUACUCCACUUCCUCUAGCCGAAGCCGUAGCCGCACCCGGAGCCGCACCCCAACUCGGAGCCGGAGCAUCACCCGAAGCCUUAGUAGAAGCCUGACGCGGAGUCUGGGUCGCAGUCGAAGCCGGACCCGGAGCCGGAGCCGGAGCCUGUCGAGGACUCGAAGCAAGCGCUACAGUCGCUCCGUAUCGUCCACUGGGUCUUCUCGCCUCUCCCGAUCGCGAAGCCGCACCCCGGUUAAGCGAGCUCGUCGUAAUAGCCGCAGCAUUUCUCCCGACCGCCGUUCUUCUACACGUCGAUCACGCAGCAGAAGUGGAAGUCGCAGCAUUAGCCCUCGCCGCUCGCGGAGCCCUCUCAGACGCUCUCGUAGAAGGGAUGACCGAGACAGCAGCGUGGAUGCUACGCCCAGGCCUGGCAGUAGAAGCCGCAGGGCCUCUUCUGCGGCCGUAAAAUCUCCUGCGCAUGACAGAUUGGCUGAUGAUCCAGGCGCUCAAGACAGAAUCCGCUCUCCCCAUGACACCACAUCAGCUGCUGAAGCUGACCAGAACGUCAAAGCGUCUUACGAACAGCGACAGAAAGAACUCAAGGAAAAGAUCAAGCAGAUGAGGUCCUCUAGAAGCGCAGAAGGGGAUCAUGAGGCUAACAAGUCGUUUUGA